AUACACACACACACACACACAUACAACCAUAUUGCAGAGCCAUACAUCACUUCAUCAUAUUCAUAAUCACCGUCUCAGCAUAAUCACAUCUACACUCGUUUACUCUCGAAAGACCGUUCACUGCUGCCUUCACGACCACCAUGGCGACCACGGCCUCGGACGUACCCGGCGUCAACGCCCCGACCAUCCCAGCAGCUACGAGCGAAGCACAAGCAUCAUCCAAUUCCCAGGCUCCUGGUCCUGCACCUACAAUCUCGUCGUCUAGUCAAGCAGCUCCUGUAGCCGCAUCGACGAGCUCUUCCCCCGCCGCGCAACAAUCCUCGACGACGAAUGCACAGCCCGGACCACAGACGUCUACGUCUCAGGCCGCUCAGCCUACUUCGGCUGCGGCCAGUAGUUCUUCUUCUCCUGGACCGGCAGCGGUGACGACCCUCACAUCGACUCUGCCCGCACCGGUUUCUUCUACAGCGGCGUCCAGCUCUGGCCCGGCAGUCGUCGUGUCGACGGUGACCACGAACCCGGGUUCCUCCUCUGCUGCCUCCUCUUCCUCGUCCUCGUCAACUCUGAUAUCAUCCAGCUCAUCCAAUGUCCCCACCUCGACAUCAUCGACUCCAAUUGCACCUUCGGCAACGCUCCGCUCCAGGACUUCCAACCCUAGCUCGACGGGCCUGUCAGGCGACUCGCGUGCUUCCGAAAACGGCAACGGCGUGAACGAUGGAAAGACCCUCUCGGGAGGGGUCAUCGGAGGGAUCGUAGGCGGGGCCGUGGGAUUGUUGUUGUUGCUUGGUCUGGGUGUGUUCUUGUGGAGAAAGAGGCGGGCGAGGAGGGAUCGCGAGGACUAUCCCCUUCCACCUCCUCGAGACAUGAUUGCUUCGGGGCUGGGGACGGGCUACGGAGGCGGGUGGGAUGACAAGCCCACCGCUGGAGCCGGAGUGGCGAGCAGCAACGUGCUCGCGUACGGAGGGAACGAAAAGAUGGGUUUCGACAGGAGCAAUUCGGCUCUCUACGUCCCAGGCCUCCCAGCCCAUUAUCCUAGUUAUGGACGGAGGACCUCUUCUUCACCCCUCUCGCCCGGUUCUGGACCGUCGACCCCUUUGGGUCCGGCGUUCUCGUACGACCAGCCUCUGACACCCUCUGGGAGCGUCGCACCAGGGCAAUACUUCAACCCUCCAUCUCAACAGGGCGGAUCAGGUGACUUUGCGCAAGGCCCGUUCUUAUUUCAGCACGAAGCGGUAUCGGGUGGAGGAUCAGGUUCAACAUCGGCUUCGGUGGAAGGCUCGCGCAGUAGCACCCCCCUCGGAAGGGGUGCAGGAACGGGAUCGAGCUCGAAUUCGAACACCAAUCUGAGGGGAGCCGCCAUGGCGACUGCCACUGACGACAAGUCUGGCCAGAGAACAGCGUCCUCCUCUCCGAGUCGAAAGUUGCCUGCUCCGAUCCAGACGACCGGACUGAACGAUGUUUAUCCUGCACAAAACGACACUUUGGGAUCCGCACCAUCCACUCCUCGAUCCAGAUUGUCUUACAACCCAUCUCAAGGUUACUCGCAGCCUUACUACCCCUCGACCGGAGGGAACCCGCAUCACAGUAGGUCCCACUCGGCAGGGAUGCGAAACAGUUAUUCGGGCCGAGGAAUCAAUCUUCAGAUGCCCACUCCCUUAGAUCCCAACACUCCUAGGCAAGGUUACCUCACAUCCCCGACAUCCCCGCGAGGGGGAUCCAUGUACGGCUUGAACGAUUUCGGGGGGUAUCAUCCUGGAUCUGCCAUGCUCGCUGGAGGAGGUUCGAACGUUUCGAGGUCCAGGCCGGGUUCCGGGUCAGGAUCGGGCGGAAGUGGAUCGUAUAGCCCCAACGGAGGAAGCGUUCACGGUUCGACGAGGAUGCAGGGGAAACGAGCUUCGGGUCAGGGGUUGACGGGCAACGGGGUCGUGCACCAGCCCAGCACUUCGUCGUCGUUGGCGAGCGGACCCAGCGGGGAAGAGGGCGAGACCAUGAAGAGUAAUACAUAAUAAUAGCGGCUUUGUUGGAAAUGGUAUAAAUGAAACGACACAUGGAUAUUGGACAAGCUAUAUUAUGAUCGGUUUAUAUUACGCUCAUAUC